CAAGCUUAACCGCUUGAGAUACAGUCAAGAAAAUGGCUAAACUAACGGCACGGUUGGCCAUGUUCUUGGUCCUCCUCCUCUUCGUCGUCGCAGCCGAUGCAGCCCCGGCCAAGAAAGUGCAGUGCACGGACCCUGGAUUUCCGAAUUGCGUUUCCGAUGGCAUCUUCUCCUGUCCCUCCGGAUGCCCUCAAACCUGUACCAUGAACUGCAACAUCUGCGCCCCCGUCUGUCCGAGGAGCCCGCCUCCGCCGGCAUCGCCGCCGCCGCCGCCCAGGAAGAGAUCGCCUCCCCCGCCCAGGAGGAAAUCGUCGCCACCCCCUCCGCCCCAUCACACCCAUCCGUCGCCGCCGCCCCCUCCCUCGGGAGUAGUUUCGGGACAACAGAGAGCGAGGUGCAAGAACAAGAACUACCCCCUGUGCUAUGGAAUUGAAUUGCCUUGUCCUGAUGGCUGCCCCUCUCAGUGCGAAGUGGACUGUACCAUCUGCACACCUGUUUGCAGUUGCGACCGGCCAGGUGCAGUCUGUCAAGACCCGAGAUUCAUUGGCGGCGACGGCAUAACCUUCUUCUUUCACGGCAAGAAGGACCGGGACUUUUGCCUGGUUUCUGACUCCAACAUGCACAUCAACGCUCACUUCAUCGGAAGACGAAACCAGGACAUGAAGAGAGACUUCACAUGGGUCCAAUCUCUGGGAAUGCUCUUUGGCACGCACCAGCUCUUCAUCGGCGCCAAGAAGACAACAACCUGGGACGACUCCGUGGACCGCCUAUCCAUUGCCCUCAAUGGACAGAGCGUCUACCUCCCCGAAGCUGAGGGCGAGAAAUGGCAAUCCACAUCAUCGGACGUAUCCAUCACGAGAUCGCGGGACACCAAUGCCGUGGAAAUAGAAGCGAAAGGGAACUUCAAGAUUAAAGCAGUUGUGGUGCCGAUCACCGAGAGAGAUUCGCUGAUACAUAACUACGGCAUUACACAAGAGAAUUGCUUUGCACAUCUGGACCUGAGCUUCAAGUUCUACUCGCUUAGCGCGGAUGUUACCGGUGUUUUGGGCCAGACUUAUGCCAAGAACUAUGUGAGCAGGGCCAAGAUGGGAGUCACUAUGCCGGUUUUGGGCGGCGAGCGGGAAUUCGCUUCCUCGGGUAUCUUUGCAACUGACUGUGCUGCCGCCCGGUUCGUCGGCGAGCUGACCCCAAGCGACUCAACCAAGAAUUUCAACUACGGGGAUCUUAACUGCUCCAGCGGGGAAGAUGGCCCUGGCGUCGUUUGCAAAAGGUAGAGAGAUCUUCGCAUCUCAAUAAGGGAACCACCAUGAAGCUCAAGUACUUUUUACAUUUGAUAUUUGAUGCAUGCAAUAAAGGUCAGAGCCGAAGCAGUGAUAUUUGCGUCUGACCAGUUUCAUAUGGUCUUCUUGUAUUUACUCUUUACGUGAAUAACAG